AUGGGAACUAAAAGUAGCAAAUUAGCAACAGUAUCUAUAGAAGAAGGUCCAAAUUGGUUGGAUCUUCCAGCGGACAUCCUUGAUAUAAUCAUCCAAAAAGUUGCAGUUUCGGUGGUUGACAGCAUCCGCUUCGGAGCAGUUUGUAGAUUAUGGUGGAAGGCUAUGUGCACAAUGAUCUCUUCUUCUCCCUCAUCAUCAUUAAUAUCAUCACCAUCACCAUGGCUCAUGUUUACUGCCAUACGGAAGAAGAAGAUUAAUCCAGAUCCACGAGAAGAAGUGCAAAACAGUUGCAGCUGCUUCGGUAUUGAAGAGCGUUAUGAAACAUACAGGUUCAACAACAUGCCCAGAAAUUAUAUACAUUCUGUGAGGGGAUCGACGCGAGGUUGGUUGGUAUUUUAUAAUGAAGUGCGCAACCUAUAUAUCUUCAAUCCUUGUUCAAGAGUUCAAAUUCUACUCCCACCCUUUAGAAAAGUUUUCGAAAGUAGGGCCGCUGUUGUAACCAAAGCCAUCCUCUUGUCUGAUCCCUCUCGUACCGGAAACUGGAGGAUUGUAGUUUCUUCCCCCCAUCGCGCACCAAGCUUGGAAGGACUUGCAAUCUACAAGCACGGAAACCAAAACAACAACAAUAAUUCUGCUUCUGAUCCGUGUUGGACUGGAUUUGGCCACCAAAACUACCAAGAUAUGAUAUUGCAUAAUGAUGAGAAGCUCUAUGCACUAAGCCUCACAGACUUAGGCUUAGGCUCAGUUGAAGUUUGGGAUGUUCAUGAUGAUAGUAAACUUCCCACCAAAGUCGCGUCCUUUACAAACACAGCUGAUGUGGAUACGUCAUAUAUCCACACGCCCUUCCAAUUUUAUGUGUACAAGGUAGAUUACACUGGGAAAAAAUGGGAAAAGCUUGAAAAUUUGGGAGAUCGAAUCCUGUUUUUAAGCGAAUCCAACCAAGCAAGCAUGUCCAUUUCGGCUCGAAAUUGUUCAAGAUUGCAAGCAAAUUCAAUAUACUUCGUAAGGCGCCCUGGGUACGGGGCGGAAGUUUUGGUAUAUAGCUUAGAAAAAAAAGUUGCAAAACGUAUUCCUGUUGAACCUCCUGAUGAUAUGAAGGCCACCUGUUGGAUUGUCCCCAAUCCCACCCUGUCAGCAGAUAUGGAACACAAACCCACAUCCAAACCCAAGCGACUUGUCUUUCCAUUUGCAAUCUCGUGCUUUAUACGUUUGGGAGCAAACCAGAACUCUUCUAAUUAG